AUGACAUCGUUCUUGCUCGGUGAUGAAUAUGCAUCCUCCUCUUCCUCGUCUGACAACGAAACGUCGUCUAGUUUAAUGUUACAUACCAACACGUAUCCUUCAAUAUCCACAGCUUCCAUACCAACUCAGUCGUUGCCGUCAGCAGACGAAUUGUUUUCAAGUGAUACAAGCACGGUGUUAAAUACCGGUGUGUUAUCAGCUACUCCAGCACCGAUGAAGAAGCGAAAGAAUGAUCAGGUGUCAAGGCCAGCGACAAAAGUAGUUAAAUUAGAGACUAGGAAAGCCGUAAGUAAGUCUAUGACUGUGCCAUUUACGCCACCACAGCUACGUCGCCCUAAUAUCUCAACGGAAGACAGCAGUUUAUGGAAUACAAAUAGGACACUUGUUUUGCAGAAGAAAGUAAAGGAGACUGACACAAAGAAAUAA